GCAAAGCUCAGUCGUGUAUUUUCCUCUCCUGUCCUGUUAGAAAAUCGAAAGCAGCAGCAACAACAACAACCAAAAAAAAAUAUCAGAGAGAUGAAAGUAACAUGGAAGAAGGAGAGCAAGAAGCGACCUUUAGCAGCCAUAUCGAAGUACCCAAACCUCCCUUUUGAUCAACAAGAUAUGCUCCACAACGACGACGAAGACAAGAAUAGCGAUACCAAGCAACUGGGUGCCCCUCACAAGUCCUUGGAUUCAGAAGCAUCCAAUAGACAACUCGCCGACUCUUUCCAAGACUUAGGCAACAAGCUAGCCGAGGAUGGAAAAUAUCGUGAGGCACUUGGGAAAUGGGAGGCUGCUCUUAAUUUGAUGCCUGGAAAUGCAGUCUUACAUGAGCAAAAGGCACAGGUUUUGCUUGAAAUUGGAGAUCCCUGGAGUGCAUUGAAGGCAGCAACUAGAGCAACUGAGUUGGAAUCGUCAUGGGCGGAGGCAUGGAUAACCCUUGGCAGAGCACAGUUGAACUUUGGGGAGCCUGACAGCGCAAUUGAAAGCUUUGAUAAAGCAUUAGCCAUUAAGCCUGAUUCUAAGGAAGCUCAAGAUGACAGACACGGUGCAUUACAGCUUGUAAAGAAGCGAAAGCAGCUUCAUUCAUCAGGUUUGAGUUGUAAAGAGAACCGUUAUGUGGUCAGUGACAAGACUGAGAGCUCCUGAGGGGGAUUUUAGAUCAUGGAUACGCUGAUGGCCGAAUCAAGCAUUAUAUGCUGUAUAGAGUUGUCAAACAUGGUGUCCUUGUAAGUCUGAAUGAGCAAUCUCUUUGUGUGAGUGAACCAUUCAAGGUUGCUGCCAAUAAGAAAGAAGAAAGUGAGUAGAUUCGGGAGUAAUUCCUUCGAGUAGAUUCGGGAGCAGUUCCCUCAACUGUCUAUUUCUAUAAAGUUGAAGACAAACAGAAGCUGUCCAAUCUCAAUUUUCAAACGGCAUGUUUUCACCUGUUUUAGGACAGCUUUUGAAUGUGCAGGAAAAUGAAUAGUCCAUGCGCCUGUAUAGUGUAACUUUUCAAGCUUUAAUCAUUCGAGCCACGCUGUUACGCUCU